UGUUUGGAUUAACAAAAAUUCCAUUUCAUUAGUAUUGUAGACUAUAGAGUACCCCCCCUUAUUCAAUGAAAUAAUAUAUAAAACUCUGUAUCUCUUCUCUCUUUGCCAAUCAAACCUGAAAAUGGCUGCUACCAUCACUGCCUGCACCCCAACCUCUUCAGUUGCUCUUGUGCCGAAGAGCAUAGUAGCAGCUCCUUCAUUCUCUGUUCUUGGGUUGCCAGCAAUGGUGAAGAAGGGGAGAGUGAGGUGUUCCAUGGAGGGAAAGCCUUGUGAAAAGGAGAGCAUGAGCAGCUCGUCGAACACGAGCAUGGCUGCAUCAUCGAUUGCUGCAGCGUGUGCAGCGGCGAUGACAAUGUCAAGCCCAGCAAUGGCAUUGGUGGAUGAUAGAAUGAGCACAGAAGGGACAGGGCUUCCAUUUGGUUUGAGCAACAACACUCUGGGUUGGAUCCUUUUGGGUGUGUUUGCUUUGAUCUGGUCUCUCUACAUUGUUUACACUUCCUCCCUUGAUGAGGAUGAGGAGUCUGGAUUGUCUCUCUAAAAUAUCACUAAAGCUAGUAAUUCAAAGACUGUUUUCACUCUCUUUAGAUCUGUAAUAAUAAUACAUUCAUACAUACAUACCACCUUUUUGUUCUGUAUUUGUGUGCUUGUUUCUCUUCUCA